UUUUGUUGGAGCACAACCUGGCGGAGACGAAUGUUAUUUUUCCAUUUACUGCAGCAGUGUUGUUAGCUAUCUAGCUAACGUAACUGCUUUGUUGGGGUUAUUCCGUACAUGGUGACGGUUCGUCUCGUGAAAAAGGAGCUUCAGAUGUAUAUUCAGGAUUAAUUAUAUGGUCAUUUUUUGAAGUUUGUUUAACAUAUGUAUGAUCUGGAGUUUGAGACGAACAUUGCUGGACAAUGGUCUCUUGGAGAGUUGUUCUAGUGAGCGCCACCUGAGAGGGUCUACAGAGGUUGCCCGCUUCUCUUAGAGGACCCGGCCUCUCUGCCUGUGUGUGUUCCUGUGUCUGUGCCCACCGUUUUCCGCCUGACCACACACUCUCGUCUCUGCACCCUAUGGAGGAGUGACCCCUCGCACGCCUCCCCUGUGGACACAGCCAGAGACAAACGCCGAACGUGAGGGAGAGGAGUAAUCUUACGGAGAACGAGCAGAGAGAGGAAGAGACGGCAAGACAACCAUGUCGUCCAACCGCGGCCAGAACCCUCACGGCCUCAAGCAGAUCGGGCUGGACCAGAUAUGGGACGACCUGCGCGCCGGCAUCCAGCAGGUCUACACCAGACAGAGCAUGGCCAAGUCUCGAUACAUGGAGCUCUACACACAUGUGUAUAAUUACUGCACCAGUGUGCACCAGUCCAACCAAGCCCGUGGGGCAGGUGUGCCCCCCUCCAAGCCUUCCAAGAAGGCCCCUACUCCAGGUGGUGCACAGUUUGUGGGCCUGGAGCUUUACAAGAGACUCAAAGAGUUCCUCAAAAACUACCUGACAAAUCUUUUGAAGGAUGGAGAGGACCUGAUGGAUGAGAGUGUGUUGACGUUCUACACCCAGCAGUGGGAGGACUAUCGGUUCUCCAGUAAGGUUCUGAAUGGUAUCUGUGCCUACCUCAACCGCCACUGGGUCCGGCGUGAGUGUGACGAGGGCAGGAAAGGCAUCUACGAAAUCUACUCCCUUGCACUUGUUACAUGGAGAGACUGCUUAUUCAGGCCUUUAAACAAACAGGUGACUAACGCAGUGCUGAAGCUGAUUGAGAAGGAGCGAAAUGGCGAGCCCAUCAAUACCAGACUCAUCAGCGGAGUGGUCCAGUCCUACGUUGAGCUGGGUCUGAACGAGGAUGACGCCUUUGCCAAGGGCCCCACUCUGUCCGUCUACAAGGAGUACUUCGAGACGCAGUUCCUCGCUGACACGGAGCGCUUCUACACCAGGGAAAGCACAGAGUUCUUACAACAGAAUCCUGUUACAGAGUACAUGAAAAAGGCGGAAACUCGUCUGCUGGAGGAGAAAAGGAGGGUGCAGGUCUACCUUCACGAGAGCACACAGGAUGAGCUCGCCAGGAAGUGUGAGCAGGUUCUCAUCGAGAAGCACUUGGAGAUCUUCCACACAGAGUUCCAGAACCUUCUGGACGCUGACAAGAAUGAGGAUCUGGGCAGGAUGUACAACCUAGUGUCCCGCAUCACAGACGGUUUGGGAGAGCUGAAGAAGCUGCUGGAGACGCACAUAUACAACCAGGGCCUGGCCGCCAUCGAGAAGUGUGGAGAGGCUGCCCUCAACGAUCCCAAAAUGUAUGUACAGACCAUCUUGGACGUUCAUAAGAAAUAUAAUGCUUUAGUGAUGUCUGCCUUCAACAACGAUGCUGGAUUCGUGGCGGCACUGGAUAAGGCCUGUGGACGCUUCAUCAACAACAACGCUGUGACUAAGAUGGUGCAGUCAUCCAGCAAGUCACCAGAGCUGCUGGCUAGAUACUGUGACUCUCUUCUCAAGAAGAGCUCCAAGAACCCUGAGGAGGCUGAGCUGGAAGACACCCUCAAUCAAGUGAUGGUAGUUUUCAAGUACAUUGAGGACAAAGACGUGUUCCAGAAGUUUUACGCCAAGAUGCUGGCCAAGAGGCUGGUCCACCAGAACAGUGCCAGUGAUGACGCUGAAGCCAGCAUGAUCUCCAAACUCAAGCAAGCAUGUGGCUUUGAGUACACCUCCAAGCUGCAGCGCAUGUUCCAGGACAUCGGCGUCAGCAAAGACUUGAACGAGCAGUUCAAGAAGCACCUAACAAACUCCGAACCCCUGGACUUGGACUUCAGUAUCCAGGUGCUGAGUUCAGGAUCCUGGCCCUUCCAGCAGUCCUGCACAUUCGCCCUGCCAUCUGAGCUGGAGAGAAGCUACCAAAGGUUCACGGCAUUCUACGCCAGCAGACACAGCGGCCGCAAGCUCACCUGGCUCUACCACCUGUCCAAAGGAGAGCUGGUCACCAACUGCUUCAAGAAUAGAUACACCUUACAGGCCUCCACCUUUCAGAUGGCCAUUUUACUGCAGUACAACACAGAGGAUGUCUACACGGUCCAACAACUGACAGACAGCACACAGAUCAAAAUAGACAUAUUGGUGCAGGUUCUACAAAUCCUAUUGAAAUCCAAAUUGCUGGUAAGUGUCCUUGAAGAUGAGAACGCCAAUGUGGAUGAAGUCGAGUUCAAACCAGACACCUUGAUAAAGCUGUUUCUUGGCUACAAGAAUAAGAAGCUCCGUGUCAACAUCAACGUCCCCAUGAAGACAGAACAAAAACAGGAACAGGAAACAACCCACAAGAACAUCGAGGAGGACCGGAAACUACUGAUACAAGCGGCCAUUGUGAGAAUCAUGAAGAUGCGGAAAGUCCUGAAGCACCAGCAGCUCCUGGCGGAAGUCCUCAACCAACUCUCCUCCAGGUUCAAGCCCAGAGUCCCAGUCAUCAAGAAAUGCAUUGAUAUUCUCAUAGAGAAGGAAUACCUGGAGAGGGUGGACGGGGAGAAGGAUACCUACAGCUACUUGGCCUAAACAUUGUCAUUUUUAUUUUCCUCUUUUUUUUUUUUUUUUAAGAAGUUGUCUCUUGCUUAAUAAACAUCAUUCCUUUUGACAUCCGGCCUAUGUUGUUGGGAAUGUGAACACAGAGGGAGAAGGAAAAGGAAAAAAAAAACUGGAAGAGGAGGACAUGUACAUCAUGAGAGGCAGUUGGCCGCCAAGCUGGACCUCAAUACUCCGAGACUGAAGCGAAGCAGUCAGCCAGUGGGAGAUCACACAGGAUGGAUUGCUUCAUUUUGAUUUGUAAAUACUGGACAGAGACCUUAAUCACCUGACCCCUGAGAAGUAAAAUAAAUAAAUAAAAAACGUACAAGAGGAAAAAUAAAAACAAUCAAACACCUUUCACGCUGAGGGUUGCAUGCUACUGCCUAUCUACAUUUAAGCAAGAAAUAAAAGUUCAAAAAAGUCAGAUAUUAGAUGAGGGUAUUAAGCAUAAUUGUUGCUGAGUUCAGCAGCAAUAGUUUACAGAAAUUAAGUAUGACGAGGAGAAUAAUGAUAAAUAAAAAUAAAUGGGUGCAAUUUCAGCUGCACUUCUGGAGCGGUAGCGUGUCUGGCCAGAUCAUUAGAAGUGUAUUCUGCAUUGUUAUCUGCUAUCGGAAGAUCAUUUGUAUAGUGUGUUUCACUUUUUUAAAUGUGUGGUAAAUAAAAAUUAAAGGUUUCUGUA